AUGAGGUCUCCCCUUCGAAUUUCAUUGGAGACAAAAAAAUUCUUUUUGCUUCUUCCCUGUUCUGUCGUCUACUGCCACCAAAGCCACCGGAGUACCACCACCAGUGAACCCACCUCCAUUGCUCUGAAAACCCCAAACCCAGUGAAGCCUCAUCCCCAAAUCCAGCGAAGCCCUAUCCUCAAUUCGUCAAAUCAGCAAGUGGGUCCACCAACGAAGGCACCAGUCAUCCAAUGGAGCUCCAACAGCUGCCAGAACACAGAUCCAUACACAGAUUUGAGAACAGAUCUGAAUAGCCUCCACCGUCUCUUUCUCUCUCCUUCGCAACUUCUUCUUCUUCGGCGGUGGGUGGUGGUCUUGGUGGUGGGUGGUUCUCGGCGGGGGUUGGUGGUGGUUGUGGGUGUUGGGUUGACGGUGGUUCUCGAUUGUGGGUGGUGGGUGAUACACAGCGAAAGAGACAGAGGCAAAGCGUCGAAGAGACGUGGGAAUUAUGGAUUGUUGUUCAAAUAA